GUACAGACAGGAGGUGACACAUCUCAGCGAACAGAUGGUUUACCAAGAAGACGUGUGGUAUGACUACAACCUCCAACUCGUCCGCUGGGACCACCGCCCCACACACAAAGACAACCACUACAACACCCUGGACGCUAUCACCGAGAUUCACGACUUCAACACAGGAGUGGCUUAUGUUAUUUACAAAGACUUCCCUCGCUGCAACAUCUUUCCCAUACAGAACAAUACCUGGGAUGCAACUAGAAAUACGUCAACGUCAUCACUGAGACUGAAGCAGCCAGAGGAAAUGUUCAGCCUGGAUUCAUCGUAUGCUUAUUCAGGACAGCGAACAGUCCGUGGAAUGGCCUGUGAUGUGUAAUCAGCGGUUCGGGCGGACUAUGAGAGUCUCCGUGGU